AUGGUCGGAAGUCUAUUGUACCUUGCCGUUGCGACAAGACCGGACAUAUCUCAAGCAGUUGGUGUUGCAGCAAGGUACAGUUCAAACCCUACUGAAGCUCACCUCACCGCAGUGAAACGAAUUAUGCGUUACCUCAAAGGAAGCAUUGAUAUUAGGCUGAGAUACGAGAAGUCUGAAGAUGGUCGACUUAUUGGUUAUUCAGAUGCUGACUAUGCUGGUGACCCAGAUGACCGCCACUCCACAACAGGAAACUUAUUUCUCUUUAGCGGUGGACCAGUCAGUUGGCUGAGCAAGAAGCAGGGCCCUGUCAACAGCCGAAGCAGAGUAUGUUGUGCUCUCAGUUCAGCAACACAGGAGGCUGUUUGGAUUAGAAGGCUUCUAAAUGAUCUCGGAGUGCCACAGGAUCGUCCUACAGUUCUAAUGGAAGAUAAUCAAGGUGCUAUAUGUAUUGCCAAGAAUCCUGUGUCAAGUUCAAGGACGAAACACAUUGAUGUCCGCUAUCACUACAUACGAGAAGCUCUCAGUGAAGACAGUAUCGAAUUGAAGUACUGUCCAAUGGAUGUGAUGAUUGCCGAUCACUUUACGAAACCACUUCACAAAGGUCGAUUUGAAGUGUUGCGUACCAGCCAAUUAAGUGGGAGUGUUGAAGUAGAUUAA